AUGGCAGAAUUCAACCUUCAAGAGGAGCUACUCUCCCUAUCUUCUGACCCUAGUCUCUAUCAUAUACCCCAAGAGCUUGAUGUAUCUUCACUUUCGGAAUCGUCCAUAGACUCUUCCCUCUCCACGGCCAUCGAAGAAGUCGUCGCGGAUCCGGAUUCCCUACUCCAUUCCACUCCUACCACUCUCGACAUCUUCAGGUCAAUCCUCAAAUAUGCCGAUAAUUCUUCCGUCGAUGGAGCUAUCCUCACAAAGCUCCUCGAUGUUAUCACUUCCAGUCUGGCCCAACAUAGCAACGCCGUCAUGACCCUCGUCAGUGGACAGGGUUUCGCCGAGGAUUUGGACGCGCCUAUGAUUCAUAAGCAGCCACUCGAAGUCUGGGCGUUCCUACUUCAAUGGUUUGUCACCGUCGCCGAAAAGGGAGCGGGGAAGUCUUCAGAGGACGCUAGACCCGCAGCCGGAGGUAGAGGGAAAUCAGGAGCCAAAUCCAAGACCAAAUCUAAAUCCUCCUCCUCCUUCGUUUGGGAAGAUCAACUCCCCUUAGUCCUCACUACCAUGCACAAAGCACUUCGAAUUCCUACUUCUAGAAUCUGGCGAACCUCCUCCGAGCGAGAAGCUUUCGUAUCGUGUUUUGUCAAACCUGCAUAUCAACUGGCGGAAGUUGAGACGCAUCUGAAAAACAACGAUAUUCGUCUCGGUAUAUACAAAGUCAUCUGUCUCGCCGUCAAAUUCCACUCUCACGCUUUUGGUGCGCAAACGAGUAUCAUGCAGAAUCUCACAUACUUUGAACAUCUGAGCGAACCCAUGGCGGAAUUACUGGCCAUUCUGGAAAAGGAGUUCGAUUUUGGUCAGUUGGGUGAAGAAGUACUUCGUGAUGUGGCUGGAAAGACUUUCGCUCAUAAUGAUGUCAAAGGCCCAAGGAGUUUCUCCAGGUUUUUGAUCAGAUUGGCGGAAUUAAGUCCAAGACUGGUGCAGAAGCAAAUGCCGCUCCUGCUAGCUCAUCUAGACGGCGAAGCGCAUCCGAUGCGAAUGGCUGUUGUCGAGAUCAUCGGUAUCUGUAUCAAGGAUCUCUCGUCCUCUGACGAAGGAGAUGAAGAGCAAAAGAAAAAGCAGAUCAAAAAGUAUUUCGAGUUACUCAUGGAGCGGUAUCUUGAUCUGAACUCUUGGGUCCGGAGCAAGGUCCUUACAACUCUCAUCAAGCUGUGCGACCUACCUACCAAGUUUCCAAAGCAGCGAUCUCAAAUCACUGACCUCACCAUCCGCACUCUUGAAGACAAGACGUCUUCCGCUAGAAAAUAUGCAAUACAGCUUCUCACCCGGUUACUCGAAACGCAUCCUUUUGGAGCUCUCCACGGUGGGACGCUGAACCUGCAAGAAUGGCAAGAUCGAUACGAUGCCAUCAGUAUCGAGCUGGAGAAAGUCGACACAGCCGAGAUGGAAAAAGCAAAGCGAGAUACAGGUAUGGAGUCGGAAGAAGAGCCCGAGGAACCAAUCGAGGGGGAGACGCUUGGCAAGGAUACUUCUGUUGCAGAUGAGGGAGAUCUCAACAGCCCGGAAGAUGCAGAGCCACAAGCUGAGAGCAAUCCGUCGCCGAGAGUGAAGGAAAAGAAACCUCGAAAGUCUCAAAUCGACAUCGCAGCCGUCGAGGCUGAGCAAUCGGCUCUCGAUCCGAAUCUCAUUCUACAACUCCGUCUCACUAAGAAAUAUUAUUCGGACGCACUCCGAUUUAUCAACCAGAUUGAAAGUGCCGUACCAACUCUAUGUCAAUUGCUGGUCUCAACAUCGAAAUCUGAGGUACUGGAGGCAAUGAAAUUCUUCCGUAUAGCGUACGAGUACAACAUCUCCUCCGCGGAUCAAGGGAUCAAGACCAUGCUUCAUCUUAUCUGGACGAAGGACAAUAAUGCCACUACCACGGAAGAUGGUGUGGAAGGAAAAGGUAUCCGAAGUAAUUUGAUCGAAGUUUACAGAACACUGUACUUUGACGUGGUGCCGGAUCUAUCACCGAAGCAGCAAGUGAACAGGAUUGCCAAGAAUAUGAUAGAACGGACAUAUGGCGCAACUCUGGCGGAACUUACAAGCUUGGAGGAACUCAUGAGGACCAUGAUGGCCGAUGGAGGUGUACAUCAAGAUGUCGUCAAUAAGCUGUGGCAGGUAUAUAGCGCCGAGCAAGAAAUUCCAAAGGCUCAGCGUCAAGGUGCAAUCAUCAUCCUCGGUAUGCUAGCUUUGGCCAAACGUGAGGUGGUGACGGAGCGUGUUGAUUCUCUGCUUAGGAUCGGCUUGGGUCCACUUGGCCUUCAUGACCUGGUAUUGGCAAGGUAUACAUGUAUCGCUCUACAGCGUCUUGGGGGCAGCGCAAAGAAGGUCAAGGGAUCAUUGCAAGAUAAAACAAUGCGUCUUCCCAUGGACAGUCCAAUCUUUUUAAAGUUGCAAGAGAUUGUUGAGAAUGCCCCUCGGUCGCCCCACUGGUUUGGCAUGGCAGAACAAGCUAUCAAUACUAUCUACCUUCUUGGUGAACAACCUGAUCUUCUCUGCAGCGUCAUCAUCAAACACCUGACCGGAAAAGCCUUCACUCCUGCUCCUCGUCAAACGACAUCUCCCACUCUUGGACCCAGUAACUCGGAUACCGAAGCCACACAGACCGAUGGUCACCCAGAUGGAACUUUAGCCGAGACGAUACCUCCCACUCCUGGCGCAUUCAAUCUUGCUCAACUAGUCUUCGUCGUGGGUCACGUAGCUAUCAAACAUAUCGUGUACUUGGAACUUGUGGAGAGAGAGUUUAAGAGACGAAAAGAUGAGAAAGCAAAGGAGAAAGCAGCAGCUAAAGCAGCUGAAAAAGAUUCAAAUGAUCUUGAUGCUGUUGCUGGUAAUGCUGAAGAUGAUAUUGGCGAGCUCAUUGCUGGUAUCAGAGAGAAAGAGUUGUUGUACGGAGAGAAAAGUCUGUUGGCGGUAUAUGGGCCUAUGAUUGCGCACAUUUGUGCCAGUCCGAAAAAAUAUCGAUCCCCCGCUCUGCGUCAAGCUGCCACUUUAUCAUUGACCAAACUCAUGUGUGUCUCUGCUCAAUUUUGCGAGCAGCAUCUGGUAUUGUUAUUCAAGAUUCUCGAAACAUCCCGAGAUCCAGUGGUGAGAUCGAACAUCGUGAUCGCGUUAGGGGACAUUGCGGUUUGUUUCGGUUCUAUGAUAGAUGAUAACUCUGAACGUUUAUACCAAGGUCUUGCCGAUCCAGACUUGGUAGUAAAGAAAAACACACUCAUGGUCCUCACUCAUUUGAUCUUGAACGGUAUGAUCAAAGUUAAAGGACAAUUAGGAGAAAUGGCGAAAUGUUUAGAAGAUCCAGAUCAAAGGAUUUCAGAUUUAGCGAGACUAUUUUUCACUGAAUUAUCUACCAAAGAUAAUGCUUUGUAUAAUAAUUUACAAGAUGUUAUUUCACAUUUAUCAAUUGGGAAUCAUGCGGUGGAUGAAGAAACCUUUGAGAGGACUAUGAGGUUUAUCUUCACUUUUAUCGAAAAGGACAAACAAGCAGAAGCAAUAGUGGAAAAAUUAUGUCAAAGAUUCCGUUUAGCAACUGAAGAACGUCAAUGGAGAGAUAUAUCUUAUUGUCUUUCAUUACUUCCUUUCAAGUCUGAAAGAUCUAUGAAGAAACUUAUUGAAGGAUUACCUUUCUAUCAAGAUAAAUUACACGAAGAAACCGUGUUCCGUCGUUUCACCGAAAUUUUAGCCAAAGCCAGAGCUAACAAGAAUGCCAAUAAGCCGGAAACUGAACUGAAAGAAUUCGAAGCUGUCAGUAAUUUUUCCCUCUUUUCACAUCAUCUUCCUCACAGGUACUUGCCUCAAUAUCAAUCGUGUUCUGUGCUACAUUUGAGUUGUCAAGUCUCGACUCUUCUUUCUAAUCAUCCUCUUGGAACUUUCAGUGGCAGUGAUUAA